AUGCUGGACGUCCCCGACUAUGUGAUCUUUCCUUUUCCUGAACUGCCGGAGACGCAGGCUCUGGAUAGCGAGUCGUUCAAACUCCCGGCCUUAGGCGGUUCUCUCACUAUUACAGACAUGUUGGAUUGGUAUUAUGACCACUCCCCGAAUCAUCAUGUUUCCGUCUUCCCGUACGCUGCAGACCGUACUACUAGCAUCGUACUGUGGCCACUCGUUGUCGGUGCUAUGUCGGUGCUAUACGCAAGGCUGCGUAUGUGGGACACAGCUUUCCCAAUGUCUCCACGAAAAUUUCUCGAAACAGUUGCACAUCUCAUUCGUGUCGCCCAAGUCACGGAUAUAAUGGUUGGAGCUGAAAGGGAAUUUCAUGACCUUGCAGCUGCUGCUACAGAGUUGCUUCGGCGCAGUGGAGACCAUUUGCCUCAUUUGCACCUAUACAUUGGUAUCAACGAAGAUGUAGACGAUGAUUUGCCACGUCAGGCGGUAAAAUCAUCUCAGGCGGUAAAAUCAUCCUUGGAAACUAGUGCUUUCACACUCCAAUCGUCUGCUUCCAUAUCGUAUCCCAAACCAAUCUUCGAGACUCAUUUGCAUCUCUUACAGUGGGCCGCGUCUCCUGGCAGGUCGCUGUUCCAUACAUUAUGCAUGUUCCAGUCAUUGCUACAGCUCUCGACGGGCGUAAUUAUGACAGUGUAUGAGCCAAAGACACCUGCGAUUGAACCCACGCUAGACAAUAUCUUCAUACACGCUGUGGAUGCUCAAAGCGAUAUCAUCUUUUGUGAUCCUAGUUAUUUGGAGGUGAGGACAGUCACAACUGGCAUGAUAGACCGAUUACUUAAGAAGUAUACGAGGCAUGGCACGAGAACAAAGGCUAUGUCAACCGGCUCUCUAAGAAACAGGGCGUGCGCAGAUAUCGGUAUUGUCAGCGCUGUCUUACCAAAGGUUUCUUCUCAGGACUGGCAGUAUAUCCGCAUGUCUAAACUCAUGAAAACUGACCUAUUUUCACUUCAGCCUCAUGCCUACCAUGUCCCCGUUGUAACCAACACCAAAAGGGGAAGUGUCGAAGUUUAUGCAACCGGCGACCUCUUCACGCCUCACCCUACAUUACCUGGUUACUGGGCUCAUUGUGGUCGAGCGGAUGAGGCCACCGCUGAUGCUGCGAUAUGA